AUGAGCACUCCGCAGCUCUCAGGGGGUACGAUGAGUAUGUUUACAGGUUUCACACGGCUGUGCAAGGGUCUUGCGGUGGUAUUAGUGGGUGGCCACAUUGUUGUUCAGAUUUUGCCCUCUGCUCUUUCUUACCUUGCUCUCAUCCCUGCCAAGACCAUACCUUUUGCUUGGAAUCUCUUUACAGCUGGAUACACUGAACAAUCAAUAUAUGGGUUGUUUAUCAGCACAAUCGGUCUUCUUUUCGUUGGGAAGCUGCUUGAACCCAUAUGGGGAUCUAGGGAAUUCUUGAAGUUCAUCUUUGUUGUUAACUUUCUGACAUCCGUUUGUGUUUUCAUCACAGCUAUUGCCUUGUAUUACAUUACGAGACAGGAAAUUUACCUUUACAUGCCUGUUUCUGGAUUCCAAGGGGUCCUUUCAGGGUUCUUAGUUGGCAUCAAGCAGAUUGUACCUGAUCAAGACCUUUCUUUUUUGAAGAUAAAGGCAAAAUGGUUGCCUUCUCUUGCACUGCUGGUGUCCAUCAUUGUAAGCUUUUUCACUGCAGAAUCGGCAUCUUAUCUUCCCACCAUGAUAUAUGGUACCUUUAUAGGUUGGAUUUAUCUCAGAUAUUGGCAAAGAAAGCCAGAAACAAAACUAAGAGGCGAUCCAAGUGAUGAAUUUUCUUUUUCUACCUUUUUCCCUGAAUUUUGCAGGCCUGUUAUUAAUCCAAUUGCGACAAUAUUUGAGCGAAUGCUUUGUGGAAGACGAUCUGAAAUCUCUGAUGAGUCUGGGGGCUAUACUUUAGGAGGCACCACAUUACCUGGAUCCGAUCCCAUUGAAGCAUCUAGGAGGAGGGAAAGAGGUGCUCGAGCACUCGAAGAAAGAUUGGCAGCUGAGAGACUUGCUGCUGCAGGAAAGACAGAAGAGACACAAAAAGAUGCCACUGAGAAUGUGUAG